ACCGAAUUAGAAGUUUAGAACUAAUUAACUAAGAAACAAAGUUCCAAACAGAAUGCGCAUCUGUGGAGAUGUUAAGGUUAAAGAGCAAGCGAAGCAAGAACCGAGGCGUGGAGGAAAUAGAGCUGCACUUUUUCUAUGGGAGGCACUGGAAAAUAUGGCCUUUGUUUCCAAUGCUGCGAGUCUUGUGACUUACUUCUAUGGCCAUAUGAACUUUAGCUUGAGGAAAUCUGCAACUACCCUAACAAAUUUCAUGGGGACUUCGUUUUUAUUAACCCUCUUUGGAGGAUUCAUCUCAGACACCUAUUUUUCAAGGUUCAAGACCUGUGUCCUUAUGGGAUGCAUAGGAGUUUUGGGAUAUAGCCUGCUAACAGUACAAGCACACUUCCAUCAACUGAGGCCAGCUCCUUGCAGAGCUGGGAUGCACCAAAUGAAUCAAUGCGAGGCCGCAGAUAGCAACCAGGCUGCAAUGCUCUUCACUGGACUGUACCUCGUUGCACUUGCAACUGGCGGAAUUAAGGCAGCUUUACCAUCACUAGGGGCUGAUCAAUUUGACAGCAAAGAUCCCAAAGAAGCAGCUAAACUCUCUAGCUUCUUCAACUGGUUCCUAUUUAGUCUUGUCACUGGAGGCAUAAUUGGCGUCACUUUCGUUGUUUGGAUAAGCUCCAAUCAGGGCUGGGACUGGUCAUUUGGAAUAUGUACGGUAGCUAUCAUGUUUGCUGUGGUGUUUGUGUGCAUGGGAAAGUCAUUGUACCGGAAUAGUGUGCCUAAAGGAAGUCCUAUCGUUCGUAUCCUACAGGUUUUUGUGGCUGCAAUCCGAAACCGAAAUCUUCCCUUACCAGAGAAGGCAGAGGAACUACACGAGAUUCAUGACAAAGAAGCAGGGGAGCAAAAUGAAUUUCUUCAAAGAAUUGAUCAAUUCAGGUUCUUAGACAGAGCAGCAACUGAUCAGAGGAAUUCUAUGUCUAGGGAUGCAUCAACAUCAACAACACAGGGCCCUGGAGCCUAUGCACGUUUCAAAAUGCCCGGUCCCUCGAUCCCUGUCCUUCCCCUGCUUUUCAUGUUCAUCUGCCUCCCAAUCUAUGAGCGCAUUUUCGUUCCCGUAGCCAGGAAGAUAACCGGAAUUCCCACCGGAAUCAGACAUCUUCAACGUACAGGGGUUGGACUUGUCCUCUCCGCCAUUUCCAUGGCGGUUGCUGGGGUGGUGGAAACGCGACGCAAGUCCGUGGCAGUUGAACACAACAUAGUGGACUCUGUUCAGCCUCUGCCCAUGAGUGUGUUCUGGCUUGGCUACCAAUAUUCCAUAUUUGGGUUGGCUGAUAUGUUCACCUUGGUGGGGCUGCUGGAGUUUUUCUAUGCGGAGAGCCCCGCCAGGAUGAAGACGCUGAGCACCGCCAUCUCCUUGUGCUCCCUGGCGUUUGGGUACUUUACUAGCUCGGUGGUGGUGGUGGUGGUGGAGGUGGUGAACAGGGUCAGUGGCGGAUGGCUGGCAAGUAACAAUUUGAACAGAGACAAGUUGAAUUACUUCUAUUGGUUAUUGUCGGUGUUAAGUGCGUUGAAUUUUGGGGUUUAUUUGGUGUGUUCCUCUUGGUAUAAAUACAAGAAGGUGGCAGUUGAAAACUCAAGUGGUGGUGAUGCCAAGGGAAAGCUUGAGAUGGAAAGAGUUUAAGAGGUCUAGUAGGAUUUUAACUUUUAGGUUUACCUAGAGUUCUUGAAUUGAUCAUGCUAUUUUCAUAUUUCUCUUAGAUGAAUAAGAUUUAAAAUAUAUUGUUAAAUUGUCA